GAACUGGGGGGGGACUGAGGGAGAGACAGCAUUUUGCCUCAGAGUCACAGUUGCAAGCAUAAGACCCUCCCUGCCCCCUGUCAGGAGGCAGAAAACUGAAGUUCUGGAAGCGGAAUAGCUUAACUUUAAUGCUUUAUGUCUAGUCAGGAAUUUAGUCUAACUGAUUAGCACUCAUUUUAGCACUUUUGGAAUGUGCAGUUUAGGCCAAUGAGAGGUGAGGAUUUUUGCUCAGCUGGUUCCACUAAUUGCAAGUUUUUCGCUGGGCACAUUUUUCAUCUCCAGAAAACUCCCAAAGGCCAAAACUGAAACGUGGGGGUUAAGACGGAAAGAUCUGUUGCAGCGAGUGGCACUGUAGAGAGUUGCUCAACACUUCUCAUUUGAACAGGCCACUGCAAAAAAAGAAGAAGAAGAAGCAAGAAGAUGCAUUAGCUUGCUGCCUAGAAAGUCUUCCUUAUUCCUGUGAAUACUGCUACACUGACUUCAGACUCGCAAUCCAGGAUUAAACCUGUAGUGGGGUCAUGUUUGCAGGAUCUGCUUUACUGCAUAUUUGCCUUUUAUUGACGCUCUGCAAAGCUGUGGCUGAAGAUUUUGACUUUGUGUGUGUGUGCUGAACUUGUGGCUAAGAUGCUCAUGAAAGUUAAUGACAAUAGGUACUUUGAAUGAUUAGGACAUAAUGACCGCUGAAGAUUCCACUGCUAGGAUGAGUAACGAUUCCUCCAAUAUGCAAACAAAUAAAGUUCCUGAAGGUGUGGCUGGUGCACCAAAUGAAACUGCGCUAUUACAACUAAUAGAGCGCACUGGUUAUACCAUGGUACAAGAGAACGGGCAGCGCAAAUAUGGUGGACCACCACCAGACUGGGAAGGACUGCAUCCCCCCCGUGGAUGCGAAGUCUUUGUGGGCAAAAUUCCUCGUGACGUCUAUGAGGAUGAGUUAGUCCCUGUCUUUGAAACUGCGGGACGGAUCUAUGAAAUGCGCCUGAUGAUGGACUUCGAUGGAAAAAACCGUGGCUAUGCCUUUGUUAUGUAUACUCAAAAAUACGAAGCCAAGCGUGCCGUCAAAGAACUGAACAACUAUGAAAUCCGUCCUGGGAGACUGUUAGGGGUGUGCUGCAGUGUAGAUAACUGUAGACUGUUCAUUGGAGGAAUCCCCAAAAUGAAAAAAAGAGAAGAAAUUUUAGCAGAAAUCUCCAAGGUGACAGAAGGUGUGCUAGAUGUCAUUGUGUAUGCCAGUGCAGCAGAUAAGAUGAAAAACAGAGGAUUUGCCUUUGUAGAGUAUGAAAGCCACAGAGCAGCCGCUAUGGCAAGGAGGAAACUGAUGCCUGGGAGAAUCCAGCUAUGGGGUCACCAGAUUGCUGUCGAUUGGGCAGAGCCAGAAAUAGAUGUUGAUGAAGAUGUCAUGGAGACCGUAAAAAUCCUGUAUGUGAGGAAUUUGAUGAUUGAAACCACAGAGGAUACAAUUAAAAAAGUGUUUGGUCAGUUUAACCCUGGCUGUGUAGAACGAGUUAAAAAAAUUCGAGAUUACGCCUUUGUACACUUCUCAAGCCGGGAAGAUGCCGUUCAUGCCAUGAACAACCUCAACAGCACUGACCUUGAAGGAUCUUGUCUGGAAGUUACCUUAGCCAAGCCGGUAGACAAAGAGCAAUAUACCCGUUACCAGAAAGCGGCUAAAGGAGGAGGAGGAGGAGGAGGAGGAACAACUGAAGUCACUCAGCAGCCAAGCUAUGUUUACUCAUGUGAUCCAUAUACCCUAGCAUAUUACGGAUAUCCAUACAAUGCUCUAAUUGGUCCAAAUCGAGAAUAUUUUGUGAAAGCAGGCAGCGUUAGAGGCAGAGGACGAGGUGCAGCAGGCAACAGAGCCCCCGGCCCAAGAGGUUCGUACCUAGGGGGAUAUUCUGCAGGCCGUGGCAUAUAUAGCAGAUAUCAUGAAGGGAAAGGAAAACAGCAAGAAAAAGGCUAUGAACUUGUACCCAAUUUGGAACUGUCUACUGUCAGCCCAGUUGCCCUUAAACCUGGCACAGUGGCAAUCCCAGCUAUUGGCACCCAGUAUUCCAUGUUUCAAGCAGCACCAACAGCAAAGAUGAUAGAAGAUGGAAAAAUCCAUGCGGUUGAGCAUCUCAUUAGCCCCAUUGCUGUUCAGCAGGAUCCAGCUAGUGUGGCGGCAGCUGCAGCAGCAGCAGCUGUAAUACCUACAGUUUCAACCCCUCCUCCUUUUCAGGGCCGGCCUAUAACUCCCGUAUAUACGAUGGCUCCAAACGUGCAGAGAAUUCCAGCCGCAGGAAUUUACGGUGCAAGUUACGUUCCAUUUGCUGCCCCAGCUACAGCAACAGCAACGAUAGCCACACUACAGAAGAAUGCAGCUGCUGCUGCUGCUGCGGCUGCAGCUUAUGGCGGAUAUGCUGGAUAUAUCCCUCAGGCAUUUCCAACUGCAACUAUCCAGGUUCCAAUCCAUGAUGUCUAUCAAACCUAUUGAGGCAGCUGGCCAUUUUUGGGGGGUGGGGUGGGGUGGGGUAAUGUUGAAGGAACAUUUUACUAUUUAUGAAGAAAGAACCUACUACGGAAGAAUAUGUUUGGAUGUCAGUAAACUGGUGAUAAAACCUAGAAGUGAAGUUUAUAUCAAAUGUAUCAUCAUGUUUGAAAUCUUUUAUACAUAUGAAGUUUUUACUAACUUUUUAGGUUGUUUUUAAAUUUUAAGAUGCCUGUAUUCCUACAUUUCUAAAAUGGCUUGUUUGUCAAGGUCCAUUAUUCUAUACAGGUUUAUAUACAGUAGUAGGUUUUUAGCAUUAUUUUCACCAUGUUUUUGGUAUGAAGGUUAUUUUUUAGUAAGUUCUGCACUCCAGAGAUUUCUAUUUUGUAGUGCCUUUAAUAAUAUAUCAACUAAAUAUUAAAAAGUGCACCUGAGCAGCUAGGGAAAAGUUUUUAAACAAUAUAUUUUGAAGAAUAUAUUCAUAUUUAAAGAAUACAUGCAAUAGUUUUUUUUUUAAAAAAAUAUACAAACGUGUGUCUUAUUUAAAAAAGUUAAACUGGAAAGUGCAAUUUGAAAGUGACUAAGAUCUCUGCAUUAUGUCCUGGCAUUUGUAUGGUUUCUUUGUUAUCUAGAGCCACAACUAAACACCUAUUUGUUUAUAUAAAGAUGCUCUCAUGAAUUAGCUGAUAUUAAACUAUGCUUAAUGUUGAGAAGAACCUUUUGCUUUUUCCAUAGAGCCAUCUUUGCAUAUUUAUCAGCAUUCUUUAGUUUUUUCAGACUCAGAGCAGGAGCAGAAGCAAGUCAUUUAUAUUUCAUGAAACGAUAUUCUUCAGAUUUGUUCAUUUACUACAGAAACAAAUUACCCUAGGAUUAAAAAAAAAAGGGUUUCUGGAACGCUAUGGCAUAACUACAUGUAAAACUCUGAAGUAGUAUGUGGAUUGCUCCAAACCCUAUCUGCAGACUUCUCUCUUCAAUGUUGUUCCUUCAUUAGAAAAUAAACAUCCUGAUGUUAUUAAACCAAGGUUCUUCUCCUCCCAUUGGAGGAGGAACUAUUGUCAGUGGUAGAGCACAUGCUUUGAAUGCAGAAAAUCUCAGGUUCAGGCCCUGGCAUCUGCAGCAAGAUGAAUUGGGUAGCAAGUGAUAUGAAAGACCUCUGUCUGAGUCCCUAGGUACCAGUCAAGAUUAGUCAAUACUGGCUAGAUGGACAAAAGCCUGAUCUCAUAUCAGGCAACCUCCUUUGUAACUAGUAUCUUGUGGCAACUGUGAAAAUGGAAAUGGACUGCCUUCAAGUCGAUCCCAACUUAUGGCAACCCGAUGAAUAGGGUUUUCAUGGUAAGCGGCAUUCAGAGGGGGUUUACCAUUGCCUUCCACUGAAGCUGAGAGGCAGUGACUGGCCCAAGCUUAUGGCUGUGUGGGGAUUUGAACCCUGGUCUCUCACGUCAUAGUCCAGCACCUUAACCACUACACCACACUGGCUCUUUUGUGGCAACUGUACCUUGGUUUUAUUUGUACAUCCACAGAAUAAUGGGCUGCUUAGCCCCACCCUUUCAUGACUAUCUUGAUUAAACUGUCUGGUAGAGAGAAUUUGUUGACACUUGAGAAUCAGUGAUAGUAGGUCUUGCAUCCCAGGAUGCAAAUAGCAGUGUUUAUUGUAGAUACUCAUAUUCUGUGCCUUUUAACUUAACCCAACACUUAAACAUUCUAAGACAGAAUGAACUAAGGGGCUGUUUAUCUAAGGAUGUGAAUGUUGGCAGUUGUGCCCGUGAGUCAAGAGGUCUUUCACUAUCUACCCAAGGUCCUUUUUUCAGAUUUUUUCAGAUUUAUUAGGCAUGGAAGUAAAGGAGCCACAUAACAUCAAGGUGUUGACAUGAUGGUCUUCAGUGCCCACUUCCACAAUAUUCUCCGCUUGCAAUAAACAAAGACUAUUUUGGGUGACAAGACUAUCAGUGUAUUUAUUUUUCUUUGUUUCAUGUACUAACCAGCUUGACCUUGUUUGGGCUGACAACCACCAAGGCCCAACUAGAAUAUUAUUCUCUUAGUAGUUGCCAGAAAUGGUGGAUGCAAAGCCAGAAAGAAAAAACUGGCUGAACCAUUUGCAGUCAUAGCGCGCACUCUAAGGUGUCAGUGUGAGGUGGUAAAAGUAGCUGUCAGUUAUGAGCAAGGCUAUGUGUACUCUGCAUAAAAAGCAAACAAGUCAGAAUUCUCUGAUGAGGAAAUAUGAAUUCUGCACCAAUGCAAGUCACACUCCAUGACCACUACUAAUAAUCUACUCCUCAGGAAGGUCAAGGAGCUAUGCAGGACACUAAAGGUCCCCAGCCUCAUCCCCACAACCACUGGAAGUCUUAUUCAGCCACUUCUAUGGCUUCAGAGAGAUCAUCAGGCAUUGCCAACAUACUUUAAAGCAUCACACUUUAUUUCCAUAAGAACUAAAAAAAAAAAAAAAUGGCCCCAGAACUCAGUUUUCUAAGAUUCUUGGCUAUUACUGCAUUGUAAACCUUUUCUACAUUUGCAAGGAAUUAUGGCAUACGCACGGCCCUAAUUAUAAGGUUACCUAAUGUUCAUUGAAGAUCAAGAGGUAAAUGUGCAGAUAGAGGGCAUAUGUUGGAGCUAGCUACAUAUGCCAGUCACUUGCCUGUGCAGAGGUACAAAGUGGAGAGUAAGUUCCCUUUUCAUCCUGUGGGUUUUCUCAUCUCCUGCCUUAUGCUUACACGUGAAUAACUUCUGUUAACUUCAUAAUGUGACCAAGCUCUGUGUCCCAGUAUACAGCAUAGUUUCAAAUGUUAGUUCUUUUUCUAAUUUAAUGUUGUAAAGACAGAGAAUGUAUGCUAGUGUAGUCCAGGACCAAAUAUGCUCUUGUUCACAGUAAAUAUUGCUUGUUAAAGUAGCUGUCUCAAGUUUCAUGCUGAGAUAAGGGGGAUAGAAAUACAGUACUUAAGUGCGUUUUAUUCUCUUGCCUUAUUCUCCUUUCUACUCAUAGUUCCCAUUAAUGGGAGCUGUGCAUGCACAUUGGAGAAGGAAGACAUAUGGACCACUAUGAGUUGUUGUUUUUUAAGCCUGUAUAUAUAUUUGCAAUACAUUUUAUUUUAAAAGUCAUUUUAUUUCUCUGUAUUACAUGGUUAUGUUGCAUUGCACAUAGCCAAUGUUUUAUUUCAACAUUAUUAAAAAGAAGUUUAAUAUUAUUGCAGUGUUUUGUGGCCUGUUUAAAGGCUUUAUUUAGUAGUGCAGUGAAUGUAAAAUACAGUAAACUUUGCAUUGAGUAUGGUUCAAUCUGCUUUAUGUGGCAUGCUCUGGUACCACCUAAACCUUUUUUCUUUCAAAGCGAGGUGUGCAAUAGAUUAUAUACUGAGUGGGAUCCAAAGGGCCAUGAAGGGAGCCCUUUCACACUCAGUCACACUAGUACUUCAACAGACCCUCUCACCCAUUUGCCCAAAACAGAUGCUUCCACAAGUCUGGGAACCUGCUGUUGCAGCAUGAGAAUCUGGAGCUGGAAGCAACCACAGAUACCCUAGUGAUUUCAGUAGGGGUGCUUGGAUACAUACACAGCACCUUGGGACCCCAAACUGUGCAUUUAAUGUACACAGAUUCCUGAGUCAAAGGUUGAGUUCACAAGUUUAGAUCAUGUUUUUAAAUAAGUAAUAGCUUCAUAUCAGAGCUUGGAAAAGUUACUGUUUUGAACAACUCCCAUCAGCCCAAUCCAGUGGCCAUGCUGGCUGGGGCUGAUGGGAGUUGUAGUUUUAAAAAGUAACUUUUCCAAGCUCUGCUUUAUAUCCAGUUGUGUUUUAUUUCGAAACUUGGCAGUCCUACUUAGCAAGCUUUCCCUGAAUUUAAAUUAUAAUGAAAAUAUUUUAAAAAGUAUCUUUUUCAUAAUAAAUGAGAACUGGAAAGCGCUUUACUAUAGAAACAAGUAGCAGUAAUUAUUGUUUCAAAAGGGUGGUCUUUAAAAAAAUUCCACUAUUGCUAGAUUUACUGCUAUACCCUACCUCAAAGGGCCACCGUUACUACUGAAUUUUUUUUUUAAUGAGCUAGAUUGCUUUAAGCUUGCAGUCCAAAAAGCCCUGUCGCUCUUGGAAUACAAAUUCCAAAUAUUUGCAUCAAGACCUGAAUCCUAACCAUAGCCUAUUUCUUCCUGAAACAUUAAAUCUGAAUGUGGGCUGUGCUGCCAUAUUACAAGGUUUUCUAUUGUAUUGUACUCAUACCCACAUGUAUUUUAAUCUGUUUUUACCCUGUUGUACACCACCCUGAGAGCUUGUUGCUAUAGGGCGGUCUAAAAAUGUAAUAAAAUAAAUAAAUAAAUAAAUAAUAUAAUAUAAUAUAAUAUAAUUGAAUAUUUCUCCAUACAAAUAGUAACCUGGCCUUCAUAUAUAAAACUGGCAUUUCAGAGGGCACGCUAGGCUAGAACCAUUCUCCUGACACGUAGUGUUUUGGAGAGUUUUUGUUUGCUUGUUUUUGUUUUGUUCUGUUCUUUUUGUAUGGGAGAACAUAUCAGACCUAUUAGCCCUUAUGGUACAUUCUAAAGUAGUACAGUCCAGACAUGGUUUUCCACCUCACUGAGAACUUAAGAACACAAGAAGAGCCCUGCUGGAUCAUGCCAAAGGUCCAUGUAGUCCAGCAUCCUGUUUUUCAAAGUGGCCUAUUACAUGCCUAUGGGAAGCCCACAAGCAGGACAUUAGGCCCCUUUCAGCAGCUACAGAUGAGGGGAAUACGACACGAGUUUUGUCAGUGCUUAGAGUGCCACCUUCUGAAUCAUCUUUAAUUAACCCACGUGAUCAAGCAGACUUUUUCUUAUUAUAUCCCUUCCACGCUAUCUUGUGUCCUGCAAGUCCUGGCAGAAUGGCUAUCAAUGGCAAAAGGCACAAGUAGGUGCUGAAACUAAGCAGCGCUGUUUUUUAUUUUAAAUCUUAUUUUUGAUCUCCCAUCAGACAUAUGAGACCUGAGCCUGUGUUUUAAAAUCUUUACGCAAGCAAGAUGGCUUGCAGCAAUAUACCCAGAGUCUUUAACAGGAGUGCCACUCUUACUGUAUUUUACAUAUACAUGAAUAGUAUCUGCAACGAAUGUGGAUCCCAAACAAAUAACUGAGUGAUGUUCUUUAAAUGCUUUUGCUCAUAGGAACUCUGUACAAGUGCAAAGGUACCAGCUUGGAACACCUGGUAGCAGUAGCAUCAAGGCCUUUUAGGCAUCAAUGAACCACCACUCAGUGGUCUAACUAUGUAAACAAUUUCUGAACCAUUUCAUUUAUACACUACUGAGGCAAGUUUAUGACUUGAAAUGUGAACUUUUCUUAGGUUAAGAACAAACUAUAAAAAGAUAUAUAUAUUUGCCUUAUUUUCAAAUGUGCUAUUAUUUUAGGUGUUUUGCUGUAUCUCCUGUCCUUUUGUGUAUGUUGGUAUUGCUGCUGUUCCAUUAAAAGUACUUUUCUAGGAGGUAGUAAAUAAAACAUUCUUUAAAACCUGA